AUGGACCUCACUGCGGCAGACCACCGCAUACCUCUAAGUGAUGGAAACACCAUUCCUGUCCUCGGGCUCGGGACCUACACAGAACCUUGGCUGACCUCCGAGGGGACCUGUAAGGCAUCAGUGAAGAUAGCCAUUGACACGGGGUACCGGCAUAUUGAUGGGGCCUACGUCUACGAGAAUGAGCACGAAGUGGGGGAGGCCAUCAGAGAGAAGAUGGCAGAAGGAAAGGUGAAGAGAGAAGAUAUUUUUUACUGCGGAAAGCUUUGGGCUACAAAUCAUGAGCCAGAGAGGGUUCGUCCAUGCUUGGAGAAGACACUCAAUGCCCUCCAGGUAGAUUAUGUCGAUCUUUACAUCAUUGAAAUACCCAUGGCUUUUAAGCCUGGAGAUGAAGUCUAUCCUAGAGAUGAGAACGGCAGAUGGUUAUAUCACAAGACAGAUCUGUGUGCAACUUGGGAGGCCUUGGAAGCUUGCAAAGAUGCUGGCUUGGUGAAAUCUCUUGGAGUGUCCAAUUUUAACCGCAGGCAGCUGGAGCUAAUACUGAAAAAACCAGGACUCAAAUAUAAGCCAGUCUGCAACCAGGUGGAGUGCCAUCCGUAUUUCACCCAGCCAAAACUCCGGAAAUUCUGCCAACAACAUGACAUUGUCAUUGUGGCAUAUAGCCCCUUGGGGACCUCUAGGAAUCCAGCCUGGGUGAAUACAGCUUCCCCGCCUUUGUUAAAAAAUGAACUUCUAAACUCAUUGGGAAAAAAGUACAACAAGACAGCAGCUCAAGUUGCUUUGCGUUUCAACAUCCAGCGAGGGGUGGUUGUCAUUCCUAAAAGCUCUAACCCUGAUAGGAUCAAAGAGAACUUCCAGAUCUUUGACUUUUCUCUCACUGAAGAAGAAAUGAAGAACAUUGAAGCCUUGAAUAAUAAUAUCCGCCUAGUGGAAAUGCUCCUAUGGUGUGAUCAUCCCGAAUACCCAUUCCACGAGGAGUACUGA